CUAAAGCUGGAGGUCUUGAAGCGGCUUUAGUGGUUAUGCUGGUGGGGGGUGGACACAAAGCAUCAAGAGGUGGUCUUCCCUAUUAACUGAGGAUCUGUUCACAUAAGGAAGUGGAACCAGUGGAAGCCGCGAACGCCGGUUGUCAAGCACAGUGUUGGGCUGGUCGGAGGUCUCUGACCCCCUCAUUUUUAUUUCUGGAAGAGAAAAGAAGAGCAAAAAAGACACAAGAGAAAGAGGAAGGUGGAAGCGAGGGACCAGUGAGCCAUUUCUCUCUUUAUUGCUUCCAUUCACAAAACCAUUGCAUCCCAUUAUCACAGCGAUGUAGAGGCAUUCUCUCCGGUUAGAGGAGGAAGGGUCCCAUUGACUGCUGAGGCUUAGCACCUCUCACCAAACGCUAGCUUUUCAUCGCAGUCCCCCCCCCCCACUCAUCACUCGCCUCUAUCCUUUACGUCUGCUAUUUCUCUGUUCUUCUCUCUUUUCUUGUCCCUUGUAUUCUUGCCCCUUUUCACACCACUCAGGAAUCAGGAGGCAUUGCGUUUUGGUAGAAGUGGGUGUUUCUGGAGCUGUCAUUGUGUUUGGUGCCGCUACAAAGGACAGCUGAGCAGGGAGUGAGAAAGACAGCUUUGGAGAUAAUAAAAUAGCAGCCUGAAAGAAAAGGGGGGACCUGGGACUACAGGAACAGCUGACUACCAAUGGAAGGUGAAUUGUGAUGAAAAAAAAAAACUGUUACAGAGACUGACAACCAUUUUAAGGUAGCUAUUUAUUGAGACCACAUUACCACUUCUGGAGGGAAUAAAGAAGCAGUGUGCCAAACCAACACUGCCGGUUGGAUUCUUCUAUUGCUGUUGCUAAGCAAAGUCUUUAACCUGAAGUUCUUGGGCAGACAGUAUUGAACAUCACUCUACAGCCAUGAAAGGGAGCUCAGAGGAAAGCAUUGAAAGCAUCAGGCCCUCCAACCUGCAAGCUUUUGCUAACAUAUCCACCCUACAUGGCAUGAGUCACAUAUUCGCCUAUGGGCACAUGACAUUCCGCCGGUUUCUUUGGAGUCUUUCCUUUCUUGGUUCACUAAGCUUAUUGAUGUUGGUCUGCAUGGAUCGAGUGUCGUACUACCUGGAGUAUCCUCACGUCACCAAGCUGGACGAGGUGGCGGCGACAAAUCUCACCUUCCCAGCCGUUACCUUCUGUAACCUCAAUGAGUUCCGCUUCUCCAAAAUCACCAGGAAUGACCUGUAUCAUGUCGGAGAGCUCCUGGCCCUCCUUAAUAAUAACUACCAAAUAGCCAACCCACACUUGGCUGAGCCUGAGGUUCUGGCAGCCCUAAAGGAUAAGGCCAACUUUCAGAACUUCAAGCCCAAACUGUUCAACAUGACUGAUUUCUAUAACCGUACAGGUCAUGACAUCAGUGACAUGCUACUGCAGUGCACCUUCCGAGGAGAGGAUUGCUACCCGGUGAACUUCAGCACUAUUUACACACGUUACGGAAAAUGCUACACAUUCAACUCUGGACUGGACGGCAACCCUUUGUUGACCACAUUAAAAGGCGGCACGGGGAACGGCUUGGAGAUCAUGUUGGACAUUCAGCAGGAUGAAUACCUGCCUGUUUGGGGAGAGACAGAUGAGACGUCCUAUGAGGCCGGCAUAAAGGUACAGCUUCACUCUCAGUCAGAGCCUCCUUUCCUCCAUGAGCUGGGCUUUGGGGUCGCCCCCGGCUUCCAAACGUUCGUUUCCAGCCAAGAGCAGAGGCUUCAGUACCUCCCUCCGCCUUGGGGAGAUUGCAAGUCUACUCCCAUAGAUUCUGAGUACUUCUCCACAUACAGCAUCACCGCCUGCCGCAUUGACUGUGAAACCCGGUACCUGCUGGAGAACUGCAACUGCAGGAUGGUUCACAUGCCUGGAACCUCCACAGUUUGCACACCUGAGCAGUACAAAGACUGUGCUGACCCAGCUUUAGACUUUUUGGUAGAGAAAGACAACGAUUACUGUGUGUGUCAGACCCCCUGCAACAUGACUCGCUAUGGCAAGGAGCUGUCCAUGGUUAAGAUCCCCAGUAAGGCAUCUGCUAAAUAUCUGGCUAAGAAAUUCAACAAAACUGAGCAAUAUAUUGGAGAAAAUAUAUUGGUCAUGGACAUCUUCUUUGAAGCUCUGAAUUAUGAGAAGAUUGAGCAGAAGAAGGCCUAUGAAAUUGCAGGGCUUCUCGGUGACAUUGGAGGGCAGAUGGGGCUGUUUAUCGGAGCCAGCGUCCUAACAAUACUGGAAAUAUUUGACUACCUAUAUGAGGUGUUUAAGGAUAAGGUUCUGGGCUACUUCAUACGCAAGAAACGACCACAGCGUUGUCAGAGCGACAAUCUGGAGUUUCCAGAGAACCCAACCAGCCCUGGUGUCACGCCUAAUCAUGCCCCCAGAGCACCUGUGACACCCUCCGGAGUCACUCGGACAGUCUCGGAUUCACGCCGAACAUGUUACCUCGUCACCCGACUCUAGGCAACUUUGAGGAGUUUGCUUGUUGACAACAUAACGUAGGGGUUGGUGGGUGGGGUGGCACAUCUGGGGACUUGACAGCAAACUGUGAAAUAAUUUAUGUAUUUAACAGAAAAACGGUUGAGUGUGUAACUCAAAAACGUAUAGUAGAGUUUAUCAAUGCCUGAAUAGAAAUAGAGUACUAUCAUCAGAAAAGAAAAAAAAAGAAACCACUUCCAAAACAGAACUCAGGUUUAACUGCCAUGUCAAGGCAUCAGUGUUAAUUUAUUCAUGUUUCAUUUUGUGGAUUUGUUUUUUCUUAUGCAGUCACUUUAGAGUUACACAAUCAGCGAAGAGAAAUGUGUCCAAAAAAAGGCUUUCGAACCUGUGAUGAGAUGAAGUACUGUUGUGCUUGUUUUGCUGCACAUCAAUCAAAAAAAAAAAGAAUACAUGUGGAUUGGUGCAUGUAGCAUUUCAGUAUCUCAACAGUGUUACAUCUCCAGCAUCAAACCAAUGCUGUAUUGAGUGACCUUAUACUGUCACCAGUUCGAACAGGAGAGCCUUUUUAGAAAUCUGCUGUGAGCCGAAAAGAGCUGCUCGAACCUGAAUCACAUCACUCGACUGGUGUUUAAUGUUGCCUUUUGCUACCGUGAGGCUUUGGAUUGUCUCAUGAAUUAGACGACUGUGCUUCAAUUUAGAAACCAGAAAAGGAACUGGAUUAUUUGUAUAUAUGCAAGUAUCUCGUUUUGUUCCACGUGGGUGGCAGAAACUACUGAAUUGGAUUUGUUUAUUAACUUUAGUCACUUUUUACAUACAGUAAAGGAAAAAAAAAAAAAAAGUACAGACACCCUGAGAGGCAAGUGAGAAAAAACGUUGGGUGAUCUAUUUUUUUUUUUCUCUGCUGUGUUUAUGAACAGGCAUAAAAUGCCAGGAUAAUCUUUCUAGGCUACUUCAAGCUACUUUUCAUAUAUGAAACAGGUUUUAAAAACUAUUCAACUGAUUGUGUGAAGUCAACCACUGGAGCUUUAUUUCUCCAUGCACUCUGAUAAGAUAACAUCAGAUAUUCCUUUAUUAGUCCCACAACGGGGACAUUUUCAGUGUUAACAGCUUGCUAACACACAAUAUAUUUACCUUGUGUUAAGAGCGUUUAAACUCACCUGGAAGAAAACAUGAAAGCUUUUAGUUUUAUUCAGAACAUGGUGUAGUGGUGCACGUCACCCCCUUGUGGCUUAAAUGAGUAUUACAACAACAAACACUCCGAACAGGAAAAAAGGCACUAGUCAAAAACCUUUAUUCACCUGUUUUCACAUAUAAAAAUGAAAGGAAUUGAGAAGAAUUAUCCUGGGCAAAAACAGGAGUGAAAAAACAAUUUAGAUCACACUUCAUUAGACCUUUUUCUUACUUGCCUCUUAGAGCUUUCUUUAAAAAAAAAAAAAGUCAGGAGGCCCCAAAAGGCUGUUGAUUGUAUCUUUAUAUAGCUGACAUUUCAAUUCUCAACUGUUUUCCCAUUUUUUUGGGAUAGUGUUAAUGUGCUGACUGUAACAAAAAGAAAUACUAGCAUGCAGCUUGCUGCAGAAGUUGGCCCUUAUUUACAUUAAAUUCAUUAGAAGAGAAACAAUCAGGUUUUCCUUUUUGCCUUUUUAAAUAAUCCUCAGCUACAUUUUCUCAUGUCUGUGUCUUAAAGGUAUUCAUCAGCACAAUCCCCUGUGAUAGUAAUCUAUUCUCUAUUGAACAUGAGUAAAAGGCUUGUUGGUGACAUUCCUGAACUUGACAGAAAAUGUGUAAAUACCCGCAAUCAAAUGCCAUGAAGAAAUUCUAUACUGCUCACGUGAGACAUUUGUCAAAUAUAAAUAUAUAUCAAUAUAUCUAUAUAGAGAUAUAUAUCGAGAGAUAAAAGUUUUUCAUCUGUUUUUGCGGCAGAAGGAAUUUGGACUUUCUAUCUUGGUGGACCGUAAGUGUCUUUGAGUUUCUGGUGAUCAUAACGUGACUGACAACUAAAUAGACUUUAUUAGAUACAAGAGAAUUGCCUCAAAACAUCAAAACCACCACGCACCUCAGCCCCCGUUCAGUUCAAUUCAUUUAUAACAGAAAUGCAUUGUACAAUUUUACCACUGUAUCCUUUUAUUAUUAUUAUUAUUAUUACGAAACAUGUAAUAAGUCACAAAUAACAGUUUGUGAUGUAUAAAUGAUCAAGUAUAAUAAACUCUAUAUUUACCCAUCUUACUCAAGUACACAACUUUUCUUGUUAUCUUCUCCGUGUGAGUCUCUCUUGUUAAUGUUCACUCUGUUAUUUAAAUCCUUGACACCACAGUUAUGGACUUGUAGGUACACAUAUCCUCACUAUCAAUACUUUACUGGACAUUCAGAGUAGUUUUUUUUAAAUGUGAAAGUAUAAUGCCAAUCAAGUUAAGUGGUGUUCAUAACACUGUAGCUUUAUUACUCUGUUGUCUGUGUAUUAGAUGACUGUUGAUGUGAAGCACAAACCCUUGGAGAUCAGCCAUCACUUGAAAGCCAAUGACCGGACGUCUAUGGUUGUGACUACCUUUUAAUGGCUCUAGUUUUAACUGCGCACACUGUUACACGUGGUGUGUUCACUGCUCCAACAUUAAUAGGAAAUAAGAGCGUACUCCAAGAGGAGCCAGAGACCACCUCGUGAAGAGACUUUUUCCAAAUGGAAAUUUUACUUUUCAGGAAACAAAAAAAAAAAAAAGGUGAAUCAGUGGUGUUGUGUCAUGAGCAAUAAAUGCACUGAAUCAGAAACAAAGUGUUAUUAAAUUGACUUUAAAGAAAAAAAGAUUUGGAUUCCCAUUUUCAAUUCAUGACGUAUUCAACAGCUGGAACGGACGAGACUGAACAGCUGCCAACACAGAUGUAUGAUAAGACGAUUGUAUAUUAACCAUCAUUAGCCAAAUAAAGGGACACUAAUGCCAAUUCAUGUUACACAAUGAUGCUAUUCUGAUGAUGCUGCAUUGCCAUGAUGAUUCUGAGUGUGUGUUUCAUGUUGUCGGGUUAAAAAGCAUAAAAAUGACCCAGCAUUUACCGCAAACGUUGGAUGAAGGAUUUUGUGAAAAUGUCUUGGGUCUUUACCUCUCUCUCCCCACACCCCCUUGCCUUACGACCAGUCACAGAACAGCAGAGUGUAUCUGAACUGGCAGAAACUAUUACUGAACUGUUUGUGCUCAUUAAGUAGUCCUGAUAUUUACCGCAUAGUUAUGGCCAAGUAGAAAACCGUAUUCUAUAUAUUUCUGUCACCCAGCACCUGGAUUUGAACUAUUUUAUUCUUACAGUUAAUCACAUAUGUCACAUCAGCCAUUUAAUUCCUUGCAUGACCAUUAUGUAUUCCUAUUAUCUCUGGUCUCUUAAUGUAAUCUUAGCCAUGCUAUUCACUUUGUAUGGUUGGGAAAAAAAUGUAUUUUUUGGAGCCAGAUGAAACAAAAUGACGUUCUCCAAAUCCUCCUCAGACCAGGCUUGGGAUUGUGCAAUACACAAAUAGAAAGAUGCUCUGCAGGUGUGAAAAGCUGCUCGAUCUUUCCAACAAGUUUUAUGGAUUACAUGAACAUAAUGUGGCUUGAAGUGAAACUAAAAUGUGCCUUGAAGACUGGUUCUUACAUCGAGGUUUUCAUGCGCACAAGCAUCUGGGGAACUGAUGCUGCUUCAUCUGGCUCUACGUGCUUUAUGUGCAUUUUAUUGUAGAUAUGUGAUUUUAACUCUGAACUGUACAUUAAAUAGUUAAUACUCACUU